GUGAGUCAGCACAGGGGUGGAGCGGGCCGGGGAUGGGCGGGACGGCCCUUAUAAGGCUGGAGGCCGGGCGGGGUGUGAGCUCAGUCGCCCGCGCCGCUUCUGCUGCCCGCGCUCGCGCACUAACCAUGCCGCCCUACACCAUUGUCUACUUUCCCGUUCGAGGGCGCUGCGAGGCCAUGCGCAUGCUGCUGGCCGACCAGGGCCAGAGCUGGAAGGAAGAGGUGGUGACCAAGGACACCUGGCUGCAGGGACCACUCAAGGCCUCCUGUCUGUAUGGGCAGCUCCCCAAGUUCCAGGACGGAGACUUCACUCUGUACCAGUCCAAUGCCAUCCUGCGGCACCUGGGCCGCACCUUCGGGCUAUACGGGAAGGACCAGCGGGAGGCAGCCCUGGUGGACGUGGUGAAUGACGGGGUGGAGGACCUUCGCUGCAAAUAUGCCACCCUCAUCUACACCAACUACGAGGGAGGCAAGCAGGACUAUGUGAAGGCGCUCCCGGACCACCUGAAGCCCUUCGAGACCCUUCUGUCCCAGAACCGGGGGGGCCAGGCCUUCAUCGUGGGUGACCAGAUCUCCUUCGCGGACUACAACCUGCUGGACUUGCUGCUGAAUCACCAGGUCCUGGCCCCCGGCUGCCUGGACCCCUUCCCCCUGCUCUCGGCCUACGUGGAGCGCCUCUGCGCGCGGCCCAAGCUCAAGGCCUUCCUGGCCUCCCCGGAGCACACAAACCGCCCCAUCAAUGGCAACGGGAAGCAGUGAGAAUUUGCAGCCCCCUCGGCAGGUGGUGGGGUGCCUGCCUCCAUUUCCCCAGGACCAAUAAAAUUUCCAAGCGAGAAGCA